UCUAGCAGCUGCAUUCCCAGGGAGACCUUGCCUUCUCCCAACCCUCUGCGGCUCUGCCCGCUCUCUUUUGGCGAAGGAGUGGAAUUUGAUCCGUUGCCACCCAAGGAUAUAAGAUACACCUCCUCGGUGAAGUAUGACUCGGAGAAGCACUUCAUUAGUAAUAUUUACAUGCCGGUCAGGCUAGGCGUGUCUUCUUGCAGCCAAACGGUCAUCUGUGUUCCUGACAGCACGUGGCGCAGUUACAAAGCUGAGGUGCAAUUCCGACUUUGCAACAGGCCCAGGAAUUUCACAAGCACCACUAUCGUCUACCCAAAGCACACCAAGACUGUGUACACUACUACGCUGGAUUACAACUGCAAAAAAUUCACGCGGAAAUUCUUGUCCAGCGUGGAGUUGGAAUCGUCUGGAAAUGAGAGCAACCCUGACGGCUGUUGACUUUUCCUUCUCUCUUGCUGCAACUUAAGUCUCUUCUACCCCACCACCUUUUUCACUCUCAGAACUACAGAAUAGCUUUGGAGUGACCCGUGGACAUCCGUACUGCUGCUGAUUCAACAGGCUGGGAACGAGGAACGGAGAGCAUCAAACAACUGCCACUUUGCUUCCUGCUAUUUGUUACAGGCCAUGGAGUUUAAAAAAAAGGAAAUUAAGCCCCUAAUUCCCGAUUUUUCCAAAGUCAGAAAUUUAAAAAAAUCUAAUUUUCCCCUUUCAACCCAUGUUCUUCCUUCAUGCAUUGCUGAGUUCCAUGAAAAAAAAAUCUGAGUGGUUGAGCUCCAAAGCCACCAAGCCACCAUUCUCAUGAAAGGACCUGCAAGGUCAGCUGAAGCCCAGGGCAGGGUGAAGUAAGCGUUCCCUUGAAUGAGAAAAUUGGGGGACAGCAUUUCAGAGCCUUUGGAAGAGAAAGCAAUAUCUUUAUAGAGUUUCAGCUACAUCUCAAAUAAAGCCAUAAAUAAAUCAGCUUAGCUUUCCACCGCCGCUGAUGUCACGGAACUGAAGAAAUCAAGAGCUACUUUCAGACUAGCACAGCACACUUGUGUAAAGCAUGACAUAGUUCACACGUAGCUUAAAUUGUUAAAUUUUGUAUAAAAGUUGAUUCUCCUCUAACAUGUCCCUUUCUGC